UGUAGCUGCAGGUCCUGCUUUGUUUGCUGCGGAGCUGCGGUGUGUUCAGUUCCUGUGUGUCUGCGUUGGACUGGUGUUGUUGGAAACAUGCCUUUCACCCGCUCCAAGAARCUGGCGGCCCAGCCUCCAUCUAUCAGGACAAGUUUGAGGAGCUUUUGCAGCGUCCGUCUGGUUCCCUUGGAGAGCUCWUUCUCCUCAUCCUCUUCUGAUGACAGCUGUGACAGCUUCGGCUCUGAUGGAGGCUUCGCUAAUACGAAGAGCGCCUUGAGUCAGGGGAGGAGGACGGUGAGAAAACCAAAAGUGUUUGAAGCGACGUCAGAGGAGGACUCGUGCAGCGGGUUUGAGGAGAGUGAGAUCAGCAGUCAGAUCAAAGACAUGAAAGUAAACACUGAAACACCCAGACGUGGCCUCAGGCCCAAUGCCCUGAAAGUUGCAUUGACGUUUCCCUCAAAGAAGACGAACAGGAAGAGACCUGCGUCUGAACCUCAGCCUGAAGUGCAGGACUUUGACUCCAAGGAGGACAACUUCAUGAGCAAGAGAGCUCUGAAUAUUAAAGAAAAUAAAGAAAUGCUUGCAAAGCUCAUGGCUGAGUUGAACAARGUGCCCGGGCUCUUCCCCGGAAGACGGAUGGCGAUGUCUGCUUCAACCACGCCAAGAGCGACACCUAAGCGGUCCGGAGGAACACCAAGARCUCUCAGGAGAAACCCAGGGCGUGUAUCUCGGCCCCACACUCGUUCUCGGUCUCUGGUGGACGGACCCCCCAGCCCGCCUCCUGAGGAAGAGUCUGAGGAUAAGUUCAACCUGGUUCGCAAAAGCCGCUAUUACGAGGAAGUCGAUGAGCCCCCACGUCGUCGUUGCUUCGCUCGCAGCAAGGCCAUCCCUCAUGUGGUGCGACCCGUGGAGGACAUCACAGAGUGGGAGCUGCAGAGGAUCUGCAACAACGUUCGCGAGAAAGUCUACAACAGCUCCACGGGCUCCACUUGUCACCAGUGUCGACAGAAGACCACCGACACCAAAACAAACUGCCGCAACCCUGAGUGCAUGGGGGUGAGGGGACAGUUUUGCGGCCCGUGUCUCCGCAACCGAUACGGCGAAGAAGUCCGAGACGCUUUGCUGAAUCCGGAGUGGCACUGCCCACCUUGCAGGGGGAUCUGCAACUGCAGCUUCUGUCGGGCCCGAGAGGGCCGCUGUGCCACAGGAGUGCUGGUCUACCUGGCCAAGUACCACGGCUACGAUAACGUGCACGCCUACCUGAAAAACUUGAAAAAGGAGAUGGAAGACGAAAGCAGAGAGUGAAGGAGACACUGCUGCAGAUCUUGGUGCUGACAUUCCUCCUGACCAGUUUAAACUCACCCAAAUAAAUAUAGUCGUUUGUAACGCACUUAUUGUCCCAGUUCGGGGGUUGUUUUGAGCGUUGCUGGAGGAGGCGUGCAGUCGGUCUCCUUCAGCUUAAAAAGGAUUUUUAACCCUGCAUUAAGACUGUCAACAUUUCGCAGUUUAAACUUGAAAACCAUUCUCAUUCUGGGAUGUACAUAAUCUAUGCUUAAAAAAAUCUAGCUACAUUGUAAUCAAGUACAUUGUUUUAAAUGUAUUCGUUUUAAACCUGUUUAGAAACAAAAAAAUAUAGGCCUCGUUUUUAUGCAUUUUUAGCUUUAAAUCAAUACUUGUGUUUUUACAAGUUUAUACCCUUUUAUAAGGCGUAAAAAAGGCUUUUUUGUGCUUUUUUAAAUGACCCAGUGAUGCUUCCUGCUUUUGGUUUGGGUGUGGGGGUGGUAAAAGGGACAUGGGCUGAGGUCCACUGCCUCUCCCUCUCCUCAAACCGAGAGGAACUGUGAUAAACUACAGCGUCUGGUUAAAUCUCCUUCAUUAGAUAACUGUCGCUAAUGGUGUGGAAACAAUUAGCACACUCUAAUGGGAAUCUCAUACCUGUAAAUCAUUUGAUCCUGUUAAAAGCACGUCCUCGCUCUGCUCCGGUCUCUUUGGCUCAUUUUCUGCUGUACAUUGCUAAGUAGGAACGGUUGAAGUAGAGUUAUAGAUGCCUUUUUUUUUAAAAUUCCUGUUCAGGCUUGUGAUCCGCUCCAGAAAACGACAUAAAAUUAACCUUUGUGCUGUUCGCCUUUGAAAUGCACUUCAUGUGACCUGUGGUGGGAAAUCAGUCCCUUUGAGUUUUAGUUUUCACUGUAAAGAGCUGUAAACACAAAGAAAUGCUAUGUUCAAUAAAGUGUUAAUCACUGCAGAA